UACGCAUCAUUUACAUAGCAAACAGAUAUUUAUAAUUUAUACACACCAGUGUUACUAAUAUUCUUCAGAAAUCAUGAAUUUAUUGGUUCCCACUCAAAAAUGGUUUGUCCUCCUCGUUCCUCUACUUGCAUUGUUCGUUUUCCCUUCUGCAGCCGCAUUUAAUUGGGGGGCUCGUCCGGACACGCAAACCCUUCAGACAACGCAAUUAUACAUUAUCACUUUCAAAUUGCAACAAGUGGAAGCAAAAUUGGACACAUUGUUAAGUCAAAGGGAACAACAGCAGUUGCCGUGCAGCACAACGGCACCGCAUCAAAACCCGAUCGAACCCGGGAUGACAAGGGCAGAUAACAAUGGACAAGAAUUUACCACUGAACGUGGUUCAAACGUGGGUUCGGACUCAUCGAAAUAGUGAUGCGACUCUUCAAAAAAUUGCCCCAUUAACACCACAUUGAGCAAACAGAACAUAUUUCAUAUUCACAAAUCAAACUAUGUACUUGAUAGCUAAAUACAGGGUGGUUUAAAUGUCGGGUUACAAUGGAAAAUUUUUCAAAGGGAAAAAUUCGUAAAUACCAUUGGUUACGGAUUUGGGAUUGAG